AUAAAAAAAAAUUUCAGAAAGUUUAAUAAAAAUUUCUCGUAAAAGUUUUGGGCAAUCCUUAAUCCGAACCAAAAUGUUGUGCGCCACUCUGCAUGGCCAUUUCGAAGCUCCAAACUCGGGCAAGCCCGAAAGGCGACUGUGAAUAAAGUUUAACCUUCGUUGGCCAUUCCAAUGCCAAGGAAAAGAGCUUUUCCGGCGUCUGGAAAAGCGUGUUGGUUUGUUAUGGUUUUCAAUGCCGCCCAAUGACAAUGUGACCGCAACAAUUCCAUGGCACAAUGGUUUUUUAACGGCCAUUAACGGGUCGCCUACGACCCAGUGGCGUCGUUGUCCUGCUGCAAAUCCUGCUGGGCUAAUCCCUCGACGGGACAAACUACCACUGGUUGCUCUUCCUGCUAGCCCUGACCUUGUCACCUGUUGAAUCUAUGAAUGAACUGACGCCGGCGCAGUGGCCGGGGAAAGCUUUCACUUUCACGCCUUCCAAGACUCAACAGAAAGUGGUUUAAAAGGCUGCCACGUCCAUUGUCUCGGCUUAGUUGCGCGCUCAUUGUCCUGCUGGUUGGACGAAACGGCCGAAAAAAAAACCAACCCACAGACGGACAAGUUCACCCCGUGAAUUUAAAAAACCGGCGGGAUAAUACAAAAAAAUAUUUUUCUUUAUCAAUUGCACCAGCACCAGCUCUUAGAGUAAACAAACACAAAUUCUAUUCCUAGAAUUACUAAUUAAUCGAAAAAAAUAUUGCCUCUAUUUAGAACUGAAUCAGAAAAGUUUUUGGUUUUCGAGAAAAGAAAAACUAAAAAUACAACUAGACGGAAUAUAAAUUCUGCUUUGUGAAAACAAGAGCCUCAGAAGUUUUGAGAACAAUAAACUUUUUAUGUGUGGCAAAAGUUUUUAAAUUUACCUGGCAAUUCCUCUUUGUUUACAUUAUUAAGAAUUGCGGGGAAAAAAUUGUUGGCCGAUAAUGAACUCAAAACACCUAGAUCAAUUAAUAACAAAAAAUAUGUGUCGAGAAAAAAUCAAAAAACAGUGAAGUAGGGACUGCGUAAAAUUGAAAUAUAAAGUGUGCUACAAAUUUAAUAAAAACAUAUAUGACCCUAGCAACUACAGACAUGGAUAUGGAUUAUAUGUCCAACACGAGUGGCAAUACAUCAGCCGCCACAGCAGCGGCAUUCACCACAACUCUUGGUGAUUCUAAUUCCACGGAUAGUAAUUCAAGUGGUUAUUCAACUGAGAUGGACACGGAGGAGGUAUCUGGCGAGGAUGAGGAGAUGCUGAGAAUAGCGUUCUUAAUAGGGGAUUUCGUACAUCACUACUAUAUCCCGGUACUCUGCUGCACCGGCAGCAUUGGGAAUAUCCUGUCGGUGGUUGUCUUCUUCAAGACCAAGUUGCGGAAACUAUCCUCGAGCUUCUACCUGGCUGCUUUGGCCGUCAGCGACACCUGCUUUCUGGCCGGACUCUUCGCCCAGUGGCUGAACUUCCUCAACGUGAACAUCUACAACAGGAACUACUUCUGCCAAUUCUUCACCUUCUCCAGCUACUUGGCCAGCUUCUGCUCCGUUUGGUUUGUGGUGGCCUUCACCGUGGAGCGCUUCAUCGCCGUUAUCUAUCCGCUGAAGCGCCAGACCAUGUGCACCGUUCGCCGGGCAAAGAUCGUGCUCUCUUGCCUCACAUUCGUGGGCUGCCUGCACUGUCUGCCCUAUAUAGUGAUCGCCAAGCCGGUAUUUGUGCAAAAACUGAACGCCACCAUCUGCGAUCUCAACUCGGAAUAUAAAGAACAACUGGCCCUCUUCAACUACUGGGACUCUAUUAUUGUCUAUGCGGUGCCGUUCACCACCAUUGCUGUGCUGAACACCUGUACAGGCUGCACGGUGUGGAAAUUCGCAACCGUUCGCCGAACACUGACCAUGCACAAGAUGAAACCGCAAACGAACAGCAUGCCAUCGAACUCGUCAAACUCAUCCGGAGCAGCAUCUGCAGUGGAAUCGUACCGCAUUUCGGCUUCGCUGAAGCGCCAGAAGUCGACGGGAGCGCAACCAAGCGGUCAGAACAAUGUUGCCUUGGGGCAAACGGAUGAGCAGGAACAACAGCAGCCACAACAGCAUCAAAUAAACAAUUGCCAGCACCACUGCGAGAUUACACAGAAACCAGCUCGUCGCAAGGUACAAAACUCAUCGCAGAUCAAGGUAACCAAAAUGCUGCUCAUUGUCUCAACGGUUUUUGUCUGCCUGAACUUGCCAAGCUGCCUGCUGCGCAUCGAGGCCUAUUUGGAGACGGAGUCCGCCAGAAACGAGAAUUCAACAAUUGCCCUGCAAUAUAUUUUUCACGCAUUUUUCAUCACAAAUUUCGGGAUAAAUUUCGUGCUUUAUUGCGUCAGCGGACAGAAUUUCCGCAAAGCCGUAUUGAGCAUUUUCCGGAGGGUUUCAUCCGCUCAACGGGAGGCGGGAAACACCCAAGUGACAGUUUCAGAAUAUUGUCGUAAUACUGGCACCUCCACCCGCCGUCGUAUGAUGACGCAGCAUUGUUGGAACGAAAUGCACGAAUUGCAUCCCCUCAAAUAAAUAGCAGAGCUUACACAGAAAUUAACUUAGAGGCUCUAAAGGCCAACGGAAGAUGUGAAAUUGCAAAAUACGCCGCGGGAUAAGCAGGAAUUUCGUUUUUAAUUACAAUAGAUAUCAGAAAACGUUAAAUAAUAAGAGGACGAGGAAAGUAAAAAUUAGUAUACAAAGUAAAGAUACAAAAGCGAAAGAUUUGUUUGUGAUGUUUGUCAAGGCCAAGCAAAAUGAAAAUAAAAAUAAAAAUCAAUAUUAAGGAAUGUAUUGUAUACACCACAUUACAUGAAUUUAAGUGUUUAAAUAAUCAUGUAGUAAUAAAAUUAUUAGUUGUUGUUUUGCUUUACGUCUAUUAAUAAAGCCUAGUCCAAUUAAAAUCCGCACGCUUAUUUAACUAAUUGCUUACCACAAAUACAAAUUGAAAACGUCAAACGUAAAACCCAAUAGAUUAGAUUAAUUCAAAUGUACUCCUGUCUAACCAACCAACGAUAAAAUGUAUGUACACAAGUAAUAAAUGUUAGUUUCGUUCAAUGAAAAACCAGCAGAAAUGAGUUUUGAUUGGAUUUCCCACUUCGCCACAGCAAGCACUUAAACCAUUUUCCAAUUGACUAAUCCUAAAUAGGGCAAUUGCGUUUAAUCAACUUUAAAUGGCA